AUGGUUGGCGUUCGACCGAUUGUUUUAGACAUGGCGCUUUUGAUUCGGCCGUGCAUGUCCCGAACUGAUCCAUUCCGGCCGACUGAUCCCUUUCACCCAGCCCUGCCGUCAGCAAUGUCCAGCUCUCGCUACCUUUGCCCUUUGAAGCUAUUAUGGCAGAGGGCCUGCGACCGCUGGUAUCACGAUAAAGACAACCCCUUUCCACCAGGCGGAUUUGCUGAAGGUCGAUGGAUCAACUCUUUGAUAGGCCCAUUUGCUUAUUUAGCUUUCCUAAACCUUAUUUAUGAUCAAGGCAUCGAAGUAGAAGAAAUCUCACGAGGACUCAAUCCCAUGAAACUCUUUCGAAUUCAAAGCAAGACCUCCUGGUCUGGUUCAGUGACCGGGGGCGACCAAGGCCGGCUGGUCAAGGCAGUCCGGGGAGAAGCCGACUUGUUACCGAGCCGCGGUAGUUAUAACUAG